AUGGUCUUUAUCGAAGCCCUUCGUAGUGCAACAUUGGAUGAUGGAGUUAUCAAUAUAGAUCCAGACGCUCUUGAACGCCUUUGCAACCCACCUCAAGAGGUUCUCACUAUUGACGAUCCUGAUGUACUCUUGUCAUUGAAGCUGUUCCUUGCCGACACCACUGAAGCCGCUUACAAUUCCAUCCGCCAGGCUAUCAUGGAACACUUUCCUAACUCCGAAGUCUUAUCACACUAUCAAGUCUGUCAUCGUGUUGCCCUUCUUAGCAGAAUUCAACCUAUUGUGCAUGACAUGUGCAUAGACUCAUGUAUCGCAUUUUGCAGGCCCUGGCAACACCACAACAAGUGUCCAAAGUGCGGGCAAGAUCGUUAUGACCAGAAUAUCUUACGAAAGAGUCACGGGAGAAAAAAGGUGCCUGUUCGUGUCUUUGAGACUAUACCUGUUGCAGACCAGAUUCAGGCACUUUGGAGGGACCCUAGCAGUGCCCAAAAGAUGCGAUAUUGGGAUGAUGCCACCAGUGUGCUUCUCAGCAAGCUCAAGACAAAUGGUGGCAUUAUUGAUGCUUACGAAGAUUUCUUUGAUGGAACAGAUUAUCUUGAUGCUGUCCGAUUGGGCAAGAUCAAAGAGGGUGAUCCUAUCCUCAUGCUUUCGAUUGAUGGUGCUCAGUUGUAUGAGAUGUUUGACCACCACCCGCAGGACCACUACAAGCAGAAGUAUGUACUACCUGGUGGAUUUAUUCCUGGUCCCAACAAGCUGAAGAAUGUGGACUCAUUCUUGUUUCCUGGCCUAUAUCACCUCGCGGCCGUUCAGCGUGAAGAUGGCCUGGGCAUGGUUUAUCUCAAUGGACUCAUAGGUUCGCAUGGAGGUAAUGGCUGUCGACUUUACUGUGGUACGAGAGGGCGCCAUAAACCAGGUGCUGGUGGACAUUAUUAUCCUGCACUUCUUAAGCCAAACAACUAUGAUCACGCCAGUUCUAACCAUCCUGAUAUCAACGUCAAGAGCCUUUCUCCAGCAUCUUUGGGAAACUAUCUCGAAAGCCUUAAGCACCUGAUGGAAUCACACACCCAAAAUCAGUAUGAGCAGCGCCAUCUCCAAACAGGUAUCUUGAAACCCACUAUCUUUCUUGGUAUACAACCCAACAAUAUCCUUGGUAUUCCUGGCUGUUUCGGGUCUGAUAUCAUGCACCUUGCUGCAAUCAACAUCGCUGAUGAACUUAUUCCAAUCUGGCAUGGCUCGUUUCGGUGUGAACCCACUGACAAUAAGGAGACAUGGGAAUGGGCUGUUCUCGAGGGUCGGGUAUGGCAGGACCACGGAAAAGCUGUAGCAGAUGCAACUCCUUACCUUCCCAGGUCAUUUGAUCGUCUCCCUCACAACCCUGCACAGAAAAUCAACAGUGGAUACAAGGCUUGGGAGUUCUUACUCUAUCUCUUUGGCCUCGGACCUGCAAUCCUUUAUGGUGUUCUCCCAGACAUCUACUGGAAGAACUUUUGCAAGCUCAUUUGUGGGAUUCGAAUCAUGCAGCAACACAAAAUUCUCGGAGCUGACUUGUGUGAAGCUCACGAGAUGCUCACACAGUUCGAGAAAGAGUUUGAACUCCUGUACUAUCAGUGUUGUACUGUCACAAAGGGUCCUCCAAUCUGCUCUUCACAGUGGACCAUGGAACACACAAUCAGCAACCUUGGCCGCGAAAUUCGUUCGCAUUCUCAACCUUAUGCGAACUUGUCUGGAUGCAGUGUUCGACGUUGUCAAGUCAACGCACUGAAAGUUAUGAUUCCCACUCUCGACCCACCAACAGACACACUCCCGCGCUGCUCAUCUGACCUGGAACACACUGCCCAUCACCUACCACCACAUCAAGCAAAUGCCCUUGUUUCAUACCUUGGCACUCAUGGUAUCAACACUACUGCAAAUCAAUGUCCGCGAAUUGUUCGAUGGGCCCUUGCACGAUCGAGUUGGAAGGAAAAUACUAUGACACAUAUGCUACGCAUGGCACGCAAUGUGAAGCUUUGUAUCAAUGACCACAUACAAUUCGGCGAGGUUCAGUUUUAUUUUCAGAUGAACUUGAAUGGAGCUGUCAAAACUCUUGCUCUUGUCUUUGAAAUUCAAGCUGUCAUCACAAUGAUCCCCCAUAAGCUCCCCAACAACCCAGAACUUCGUUUCUUCCUUGUUAAAAAACCUGGUCUUGAUGUUGCUCAAUUUGCAGGCCAUGUUGAUGAAGAUGAGGAAGGAGAUGGAGACAGAGACAGAGACAGAGACAGAGACAGAGACAGAGACAGAGACAGAGACAGAGACAGAGACAGAGACAGAGACAGAGACAGAGACAGAGACAGAGACAGAGACAGAGACGAGACAGAGACAGAGACAGAGACAGAGACAGACGAGGUAUAA